AGAGAUGUAGAUCAGCUAUGUAAAUGCAAAUAUUAGCUACUCAUUAAUUCCACAAUAUAAUAUAUAUAGACGAGAUGGAGAAAAUUUUACUUGAAGAAAUAUGGAAUCUAAUUUGGAGGUUAUAUUAUUUUACUGUAGUACAAGAGAGGUAAAAGGUAGCAUAAUCACAAAUUGUUUAGUUUUGAUAUAGAUACUGUUCACAAAUAACAAAAUUUGGUUGCCCGCACGAUAAACAGUCGAUAUAUUUCUUCACUAAUCUCAACCUACUUUAUUGGUAACGACGUCACAUUUUCGGAUGCUUAAUAUUGGUUUUAUACUAUAAUAAGAUAUUAUAGUGUACUUCUCAUUUAUCGAAUGAAAUCAAAUCAAAUACUAGUGUAUUUUGGUGUGUAAUUGUGAUUACACGCAUAUAUAUAUAUACACACAUGGUCUCGUUCCUCGAGAAGCCGGCCGUCCCCGUUAUUGUUGCCGCCCUCCCAGCCAGGUCCAGCUAAGAAUGUCCUCUCUCUUUCUAAGCAAGCAAACCAAAUCUUCUAACCCUUUAUGAUCAAAAGAAAGCAAACUUCUUUUUGUUAUAUAGUCAAUUUUUCUGGAGCUGAUAUUUCGAGUCAUCUUAAUUUCCAAGGCUAGUUAUUGAUUUUAAAGUUAUAGUAAGUAUCACCAACUAACAUUUCUGGAAUAGGAAAGAGCCCUCUUUGUUCAUAUGCAUUAAUAAUGUCAAUGAAUUCUAUGCUUAUCAGCUCUAAUUCUGGCAUCAGACAUAACUAGUAGGAAUGGACAUUGAUUUGUCUUUGGAAUGACUGGUAUCGAGUUUUUUUAUAUGCAUAGUAUUUGUUACCUGGUCAUAAAUAAAGUUGCACCCAAAUAACAGGUGAUUGAUAGAGACAUGGCUAGUGUUAAAGAUAUUUCUGUUUCAGCUGUGAUCAACCUUAUAUCUGCACUUGUUUUCCUUUUGGCCUUUGCAAUUGCACGGCUUCAGCCAAUCAAUGACAGAGUAUACUUCCCUAAAUGGUAUUUGAAGGGUAUACGAGCAAGUCCUAGAAGUUCUGGAUCAUAUGUGAAUAAAUUUGUCAACUUGGACUUCACAACAUACAUUAGGUUCUUGAACUGGAUGCCUGCAGCUCUAAAAAUGCCUGAACAAGAGCUUAUAAGUCAUGCGGGUCUUGAUUCUGCAGUCUAUAUACGCAUGUACCUUCUUGGCUUGAAGAUCUUUGUUCCAAUCACACUACUUUCUUUUGCGGUUUUAGUGCCUGUUAAUUGGACUUGUGGGGAAACAUUACAUCACAUUGAAGAUCUAACGUUCAGUAACAUUGAUAAACUUUCCAUAUCCAAUGUUCCUUCAGGAUCAAAGAGGUUAUGGGCACACGUGGUGAUGGCUUAUGUAUACACACUUUGGACCUUGUAUAUUCUGUACAAAGAAUACAAGAAAAUAUCAACAAUGAGACUAGAUUUUCUUGCCUCUGAAAAACGUAGGCCAGAUCAGUUCACGGUCCUUGUUAGAAAUGUCCCACCAGAUCCUGAUGAAUCAGUGAGCAAGCAUGUUGAACAUUUUUUUCGUGUCAAUCAUUCAGAUCAUUAUCUUACACAGCAGGUUGUUUACAAUGCCAAUAAGCUUGCUAAAUUGGUGGAGAAGAAAAAGAGUUACCAUAAUUGGCUUACUUACUACCAAACCAAGAAUGAGAGAAACCCUGAGAAGAAACAAAAAAUUAAGACAGGAUUUUGGGGGCUUUGGGGAAAAUCUGUGGACGCCAUCGACUAUUAUACAACUGAAAUUGAGAAGUUGACAAAAGAAGAAGCUGAAGAAAGAGAAAAGGUUAAAAGUGAGCCCAAUGCAAUCGUGUCUGCAGCAUUUGUCUCGUUCAACUCUCGUUGGGGAGCAGCUGUUUGUGCUCAAACACAACAGUCAAGAAACUCAACCAUUUGGUUGACAGAAUGGGCUCCUGAACCACGUGAUGUCUAUUGGGAUAAUCUUUCAAUACCAUAUAUUCAACUCUCUCUACGGAGACUUCUAAUGGCUGUUGCUUUGUUCUUUCUUACUUUCUUUUUUAUGAUCCCAAUUGGAUUCGUUCAAGCAUUUGCGAGCAUUGAUGGCAUCAGAAAGGUUCUUCCAUUCCUGAAGCCAUUAAUAGAUAUGGAUUUUGUAAAAUCAUUUGUACAAGGUUUUCUACCCGGGAUUGUAUUAAAGAUAUUUCUGAUUCUUCUUCCUAUGAUUCUAAUGAUCAUGUCCAAAAUAGAAGGCUUUACAUCAAUUUCAUCUUUGGACAGAAGAUCAGCAGCUAAAUAUCAUUUGUUUGUCAUUGUAAAUGUCUUCUUUGGAAGUAUUAUUACUGGUGCUGCAUUUGAACAGCUUGACAGGUUUCUCCACCAGUCUCCAACAGAGAUCCCAAAAACCAUUGGUGUAACUCUUCCGAUGAAAGCUACUUUUUUUAUUACUUUCAUAAUGGUUGAUGGCUGGGCUGGAAUUGCUGCGGAGAUCCUUAGAUUGGUUCCUCUAAUCAUGUUUCACAUUAAAAAUACAUUUCUAGUAAAGACAGAGCGCGACAGGGAGGAAGCAAUGGACCCUGGUUCAUUAAACUUUUCUGUAUCAGAACCUCGUUUACAACUCUACUUCCUACUAGGCCUUGUCUACUCAGUGGUCACACCAAUACUCCUGCCUUUCAUCAUUAUCUUCUUUGCCUUCUCUUAUAUGGUUUUCCGCCAUCAGAUCAUUAAUGUGUACGAUCAGAAGUAUGAGAGUGGUGCAUCAUUUUGGCCAGAUGUCAAUCGUCGUAUACUUAUAGGUUUGGUCAUAUCCCACCUUCUAUUAAUCGGUCUACUGAGCACCAAAGAGGCUUCCCAAUCAACCCCAUUGCUAAUAGUACUUACAGUUUUGACAAUGUGGUUCCAUAAAUUUUGCAAGGGAAGAUUUGAGUCUGUGUUUGUCAGAUUCCCAUUGCAGGACGCGGUGGUGAAGGAUACAGUAGAACGGACCACAGAACCAAACUUUAACUUGAAAGAAUAUCUCCAGGAUGCUUAUUUGCACCCUGUUCUCAAAGGGGUUGAUUUUGAAGUAUCAAAAGAAAUUAACGAUGAGGGGAAAAAUUCACUUGUUGCUACCAAGAGGACUUGUAGACGGAGUAGCAAGACUGUUUCUAAUGGCACUUCUGAAGAUCAGAAGACAGUCUCAGAGAUUCAGCUCGUAUUUUAAUUUGACACCAAAAGCAGUUAAAAAUUACAAUCAUGGCAUUCAUUUGUUUCAUUUCCUCAUAGCUUGUGUUAGGCCUUCUAUAUCAAAGAUGGCAGUGAAAAUGUACCCGUUGAAAAGCUGUUGAUGUUGAAAAAAUAGAAAAAGAAAAGGGAUUACUUUAAUCUUAUUGACACGUUGUUUGUGAAGAAAGUAUCAAUCUUUCUUGAAAAUAGUCUCUCAAAAAUACAAGAUAAGACUCUGUAAAAUAGAGCCAAUGAGGGUAGGUCCUUCUUUAAGCACGCAAUGUACCACAAAUGAAAACAAAAUGGUGAUGAGAAGUUGUAAAGUA